AUGAUGGGAGUUGCGUAUAUUUGCUACUGGACAGGAGUGCUACUGAUUGAAUGUCUCUAUGAGAAAGACAAAAAAGUUCGAUUCAGUUAUCGUGAAGUAGCCGAGUUCUAUCGACCAGGCUUUGGAAAAUGGGUACUGGCAGCGCAACUCACAGAGCUGCUUUCCACAUGCAUAAUCUAUCUUGUGCUGGCCGCUGAUCUGCUCCAGAGCUGUUUUCCGAGCAUUGGUGAGUUUCCUGAAAAAUAA